GCCGGUCAGCCAGGCAGUAACCACGUUAACACCUUUUAUUUUGUGUUUACCAUAGUGAUUUCGUGGUAUUGACGCUGUAGAAUGUGACACUAACUCAGUACAAAUGUUGUAGACACGUGUGUGGUGAAUGCAAUAUUGCAGAUUAAACAGAGAGUGGCAAUAGGCUUUGUUGAGAUAAUUUUGGGGAGAGUCACACUGGGAGGAAACUCAAUAGUGGAAUUUCUAGUGGAAGAAAAUAAAGGCCACCAGACCGCAGCUACCCUCAACAACGAAAUCACGCGUUUUAGUGAGAGCAGUGUCCACAACGAAGAUCCUGGGAGACAUGGUGUCUCCGUUGGAAAAAAUCAUCAUCUGUCCAACGAGAACAACGAAUCCUCGAGCCACGACAUCUUUCUCGCCAGUGACGGCGAGUGGGGGAAAAGCAGCGAUUGUACCUUGGAGCUGAAGACCAUUGUCGUAAGUGUUGGUGAUCGCGAAUUCCUUCGUAGUAAUAGUGAUAAUGUUAGCCACCGCCGUAGCAAGGAAACUGGAAGCAAGUGCAUCGUUAUUGAGGGCGAACAAAGUUUUCUUGUGACUGAAAACAUUCAGCUGACAAAAAGUGGAAGGGCCAGUAAGAGUCAACACUCAGUGAUGAGUCGAUCGUUGAAUGGUGCUACUAGUCUGUUGAACUCCAGUAGGAAGGGGGUCUCUCUUCCACGAACCAUAAAGAUAAGCGUGUCUAAAGGGAAAAAUGAAAUGAAAUGCUGUCACAAGUCGCACGAGAGCGAACUAAAAAUCAUAAAUCAAAGGGGGCAUAGAACAUUUAAAGUGUACACAUGCAAGAAGAAGGCGGAGCAGGCGAAUUAUGACUGGAAUAAAAGACGGAUUGUCAUCUCUACGAAGAAACCCUCAAAAGCAAGUGGCAAGAGGAAUGGGAGAGUAACCUACGACAGUUUGGAAACUUGCAGAAUGCCAGACUGCAGACUCGAAAGCCCCCAAAUUGCAGCAAGAGACGGUGUAACACGACACGUUAAAGGAUACGAAGUAACACAGAGGAAAUUGAGUGGAAGAUCGGCUGUAGGACUACAGUCAUACGACAGCAGGAAACAGAUAAGUACAACAAAUAAGGAAGAAUUUGUCAUAAGAAGCCUAAGCAACGGCAGAAGAAUUGGGAAGACAUUCAGAACAUACGAGAGAUGGGGAAAUACUGGAAUAAAGCAGUAUAAAGGAAAAAAAGACCAAGGCAGUUUAGUAAAUGAAAUUAUGAAAGAAGGUAUUAAACUAAGAAAAGAAUUCGAUAGAGCGAAAAGAAGAAAAGAGACAAAAAUGAAAGAAAAAAAACAUUUUACAGAAAAGAGAAUGGAAAAGCCAAACCAUGAUAGACUAGUUAUGCAGGAAGUGAGGCAGAACAGAGGAACGGAUCAUUCGUCUGAAGAAGCCUACGAAAAACUAAUCGGACAAGUAAUAAAGCAUAAAAGACGAACGCAGCAUUCCCCAAAAACAGCCCUCGAUAGACAUGAGAUUAAAGGAAUGAAACAGCCUCACAGAGAACCAGAAGGAUUUUUUAUGGCAAACAUGAAGCGCAGCAGUGAAAUCAAAAGGAUGCAGAGUCUGACAAACGAAAGAACAGGUAUACAACGUGUAAAAUAUCGUAGAGGAAGUAAAAAUACAGGGAAAAUAGAGGGGAAAUUGGAAUUAAAGGGAACUCAACAGGAAAGAGGAAGGAGGGAUACGGAAAGGAAAAGCAAAGAGCGAAGAGUGACACAAGGAAUAAAACUAUGCAAAGGAAUUCAAACCACACCAGCUCAAAUUAACGAGAGAGAGGUGAGACUAUGUAUCACAAGUAACAAACCAGUCAGGAUGACGCGCACAGUUAGAAACGAAAGAGUUUUAGUCCGAGAUGAUGAUAACGCUGAUGGAAUAAUACCGCUAAAAGUGGAAGGAAGUGGGAACGAAAUAGCGAUGAAAGGAAGUACAAACAAAACAAGGGUGAAUAAUAGAAGUAAGUGUAGUGCAAACAAUGGGCUAGUGUUGAAAGACAAAGAAACUGAGUGUGAAAGAAUAAUGAGAAACGAAGACAGCGCUAACGAUAGACCAGUAGUGAGAGGCGAGGCUAGUGGGAACAAGACGAUUAUUGUGAAAGAACUAGACCAAAGUCAGGUCGCCAAUAAGAACUGGCCGAUCAUUAUCCCUGGCAAGUGUGAGCAGGGCGUAGUGAGCGGGACUGCCCCCGAUGGCACGCCUUACUCCAUAAAGCUCAACCUAGCAGGACUUGUCAACGUCAGACCGACCAUCGUCAUCAUCAGCACAGGUAAAGAUUUAUUCAAGCUCUUAAUAGAUAUGAGCCGACUCCAAAUAGAUAUAAGCAGCCUCUAA